GGAAGUGGCGCCUGGGAAUUUCUUCUCGUAGGAAACAUAACCCCAUCCACCAUCGCCACAAUCGAAAGUUCUUAAGUUGGCGGUCAUGCCGCUGUUUUACAUUAUCUCGAUCGCUUCGGUGUUUUACAUACUUCCCGCUCAAGGUAGAGUUUUUAACAGGUCACAAAGCCUCGUGUUCAACGAAACAGACCGGACAGUUGUGACUUCGAUGUUUAAGAAUUUUGUUCGAAAAUUCAACAAGGCCUACUUGAAUAAUCCCGAGGAAUACAUCUGGCGUCAGUCUGUUUUCAAGCAAAGCCUGGUCAGACAUGCCAAAUUGAACGCAAGAGAGUUGGAAUUAAAUGGUACUGCUGAGUAUGGCAUAAAUCAGUUUUCUGAUUGGACACCAGAAGAAUUUAGAGAAUUUCUCAAAAGAGGGGUACAAGAAGAUCAUGUCUCAUUUACCAAGAAUGCCAUGACACCUUCUGGCUGUUGUACACCAAAACUGAAUUCUUCAAACACACCACCUAAUCGUGACUGGAGAAAAGAUGGAAAAGUAUCAGCUGUGAACAAUCAAGGAAAGUGUGGAAGUUGUUGGGCUUUCACCGCAACUGAAUGUGUAGAGAGCCAAUGGGCAAUUCAUAAUGAACAUCAGACUAUAAAAGACCUCAGUGUCCAGGAACUGAUUUCAUGUUCUCCUUCUCAAGGAUGUUCAGGUGGUAAUACCCUUGCAGCUCUUAAAUGGUUACAAACAAAGAAUUACACACUUGCUCCAGCUAGUGAAUUCCCAUAUGUGGAUAAAGAAACAACUUGUAGAGAUGAUCUUUUGACUGAAAAGGGAGUGAGGAUAAAAUGCGGAUGUGCGGUGCAGAUAAAAGAAGAGAACACUAGAAUGAAGGACCUUGUUGGUCAACAUGGUCCGCUUGCUGUGAAUGUGGACGCGACCAUGUGGCACGAUUAUUUUGGUGGGAUUAUACAGCAUCACUGCACAGACACAGACAUCAAUCACGCGGUGCAAAUCGUAGGAUAUGAUUUUAACGGCCAUAUUUGGUAUUGGAUCGUCAGAAAUUCCUGGGGAAAAGACUAUGGCGAACAAGGAUAUUUGAAAAUCAAAAUGGGCGAUAACUUGUGUGGUGUAGCUGACACGCCGUCCUUUGUAGUAAUAUAAAUCCAAAACAGACAAUAGAAACUACCACAACCCUUGACUUCAACGCAACUUUUUCCGGCGCCUAGAAUCAAGGGUUGUGUUUGGAACAAAGACGAACACGCCCCACAUGCCCCAAUAGAUAAUUUGUAAAUUGUAAAUAAUGAAAAGUUGUCGUCACACAAGAGAGCUCACAAAGUUCCCAUAGUAGGUACAAAGUCUUAAGCAAAAUUAUUUGUAUUGAAACAUUUCUUUAUGGUUUUCCUUUUAUUCUAUUUUGCGUAGAUAUUUGGAAUCUUUAUCAAAACUGACUAUAUAUGGAAAAUCUCCUGUGAGGCUUUUUAAAGUUUUCUAAACUGUGUAAAAAAUCUUUUAAGAAAUGAUUUUAUGUUAUCAUUUUUAAAUUAAAACGAUUUUCCGCAAAA